AGACAGAGUCCGCCAAGGCCGCCCUAUGCCCGCAAUGUGGUCACCAUGAGCCGUCGGGGAGAAGGGCGGGCUCGUUUCGAGCAGCUGCGGGGCUUGGCCCAAGGGCGGGCCUGGCAGCGUGCCGUGGAGGAGCUGGCGCGGGCCAAUGCCGAGGGGGAGGCGAACGUCUUCCACUUCGGGGCGGUGCUGGGCGCGUUGGCGGCGCUGAGCUUGUGGCGCCAGUGCUUGGACCUGCUGAAGGCUGUGACGAGUUCUCGCCUCGAGACGAACGUGGUGCUCUACAGCUCAUGCGUCACGGCGUGCGAGAAGGGCGCCCAAUGGCUGUCGGCUAGCCGGUUGAUGCAGGAGCUCGCUGCUGGGGCAGUGGAGACGGACACCAAGCUGCACAGCGCCGCCAUGAGCUCCUACGCGCAGGCCUCCGUUUGGCAGAGCGCCAUGCUGGCGCCGCUGCUGCAGCUGGCCCUGGAAGUGGAUGUGGUGGCGUUGGGUGCGGCGGCCAGCGCCUGUGAGAGAUCCCUGCGCUGGGCGCCGGCCUUGGAGCUCCAGGCGUCCGCGGGGCGCUGGGCGCUGAGGGCCAGGGGCCGGGCGCUGGCGAACGCGAGCCUCAGCGCUUGCGCGGCGCGCUGGCGCCGGGCGCUGCAACUGCUCGCCGGCUCCGAAGCGGAGCCGGACCUCAUCGCCCACAACGCCUACAUCAACGCGGCGGAGAAGGCGAGCCGCUGGCAGGACGCCGUGUGUAGCCUGCGGCGCUUGCCGCAGCGCAGCCUUCGGGCGGACGCCUUCUCCUUGGCCGGCGCCAUCGCCGCUGCCGGCGGUGGCCACUGGGAGUUGGCCUCUCGGCUGCUGACCGGGGAGCCCUUGACCGCCACCGUGGCCUGCUUCAACGCCUACGCCGCGGCGUGUGGCGCGGCCUUUCAGUGGCGCAGGGCCCUUCACGUGGUGCCCGUCAUGCAGGCGCGGGGCUCCGCGGAGGCAGUGACCUGCAACGCCGCGCUGACGGCGUGCCAGGUGGCCACUGCGUGGGCCGGCGCCCUGAGGCUGCUGGAGGCCCCCGCUUUGGCUCGCUCGCGCGACGUGAUAUCCUUCAGCGCGGCGGUGACGGCGUGCUGUGACGCAGCCCACUGGCGACAGGCGGUGGAACUUUUUGCCUGCAUGCAGAGAACCGGCGUGGACGUGAACGGGGUCGUUUUUGCGGAGCUGGCGCGUGCCUGUGGUUCGGCCUCGGAAUGGGAGGCCAUGCUUUCCAUCACGGGGCAGAUGAGGACGAAGGGCUUCGCGCCGGAUGCUUUGGUUCUUGCUUCGGCGAGCAAUGCCUAUCAAAAGGCUGAGAACCUUCCUCGCCUUUUGCUGGCAUUGGUAGAGCUAGAUGCCAGGACCACCUCGCUUUGCCAACCGAGCGUGGAAAAAGAAGGGAGCGGCUGCACGUGUCACGUGAGGGUGGUGAGAUCGCAGCCACGGACGCGACAGCAUGCGACGCAGCACGUCGCACUAGGCUUGGACUUGCUGGGGUCGAAGCCUUGCGCGGCUCCCCCGCGCGGUCAGGUCCGAUCGUUGCAGCGAGUUGCGGCACAGAAACAACCUGGCUGGUCUGUCCACUUUGCGGGCUUCCCGUCGCAGAGUUGA